AUGACAAAGGCGGAGAUGAGGAAACCUCUAUACCCUUGGCUACAAAGACAUAAACCCCGCUCUGAUUGGCAGACUAUGGAUGUGCUCGCUUGGGAUUUGAAGAUCCAUCGUGAGCAAGUCAAAGAGGUCUUAAGUUGUCUUAGGAAAAAUCAUCUUUUUUGCAAGUUGGAGAAGUGGACCUUUGAGAUACCCUCCAUCACCUUUCUCGGUUACGUCAUCUCCGGACAGGAGCUACAGAUGGAUUCAACCAAGGUCCAAGCGAUUUGUGAUUGGACUCUUCCUACCACUCUAAAAGGGAUCCAACAAUUUCUUGGCUUUGCCAACCUUUACAGGAAAUUUAUCAAGAACUACUCCAUUAUCAUCACCCCAAUUACCAUGUUAACCAGGAAAGGAGCCAAUCCUUCAAUGUGGCCACCCAAGGCUCCGGAAGCCUUCAUGUUCUUUAAAGAGGCCUUCAUGUCCGCUCCAAUUCUUUGCCAACCUGAUCUCAAUCGCCCCUUUCAGGUGUAA